AAUUUGACGUUGUAUGAUAAAACAAAUAAAUAAAUAUCCAAAAAAAAGGAAGAAAACCAACAUCUGAUCCACGUGUCCUUGCGUUUCUUCAAGUUCGGAGCAAAAUAGUUCUGUAAUGGCUAUCUCCGCUUCAUCCCUUGCCCCCAGAACUUGUCCUCGCUCUCUCUCUUACGCCCCACUUCCUCUUCCUCCUCAAUUUUCCUUCCAUUCGCUCCACCUUCCUUCAAAACAGCUCUUCCACCCAAGAAGAGCUUUGAGAGAGUUGCAGGAGUACGAGGAGGCAGUGAAGCGCAAGGACCCUGCUAGAGCUCUUAGGUUCUUGAAAUCAAUUGAGAAAGACAAUGGUGACCCAGUUGAGGAGAAGCUCAAAGAUGUUUCUUUGUCUAUUGAGUCGCCUCAGCCCCAACUGGGAGAGCUGGGGUUUGUUGGGGGGUUAGAGAGGGAUUGGGAGGUCUUGGAUACUUGUUUGAAUGCUAGUGAUAUGAGACUUGUGGGUGGUCCUUAUGGGUUUCUAAAGGACAGAGGGUUCUUGCCCAAUUUUGGAAAGUUCAGCAGUAUAGUUAAUAAUUAAUUUGACAGUUAACUAGAAAAGGGAGAAAAUGGGUUAAUAAUUAAAUUCUUUAAGUUGUUGCAUCAUCUUGAUUUGUACUAGUUUGCAUAUAGAAGUCUUUGCAACUUCAGUAGAUGCAUGGUUUUAGAUGAUUGGGAUUGGAACAAUGUAUAUCGUUCUAUUAUGUUUGGGUUGUUUUAUGGUGGUUAGUAUUUUAGCAUUUGGUUUUGAUCUUAGAAAAUAAAAGUAAAAUUUCAUU